CGCCGCCAUGGCAACCACCGACGACUCCGCCGCCGCCGGCGAGGUCGAGCGCCUCCUCGCCCACCUCGACUCCGAGCAGAAGCUUCUGGCCGCCUGCCGCGAUACCUGGGCGCGCUCGCUCGCCCACUUCGCCUCGCUCGACAAGGACGUCGCCGCCCGCUCCGCGUCAGUGGACGAGGCCGCGGCCGCCGCCGACGCGUCCACCUCCGAAUCCCUCGCGGCGCUCGACGCGCGCGAGGCUGCCAUCCCCGCGCGCCUCGCCGAGGCCUCCGACGCGCUCUCCGCCGCCGUCGCCGAGGCCGAGUCCGCCGCGCCGCCCCCCGCCGACAUUCGGGGCGCGAUCCGGUGGAUUUGCCGCCGCAUGGACGGCGCCGCGCUCUGGCGCUUCAUGGCCUCCCGCCGCAAGGAACUCGCGGCGGUACGGAAGGAGGUCGCCCCCGCCGUCGCCGCAUCGGUCGAUCCGCCUCGCCUCGUCCUCGACGUGCUCAGCGACUUCCUGGCUGCCGGCGAAGGCGCUGGUGAGGACCAGUGCUGGGUGCUGGGCAUGCUGCUGCGCUCCUUGUUUGGUCCCGACGGCCGGAAGCCGCCGGAGAUAGGGGAUACGUUGGUUGAGAGGGCGGCUGUGGUCGCCAAGGACUGGACAGAGCGGUUUGGGAUCAAGAUGGACACGCCCGCACCCAGUAGCCAGGAGGUGGAGAUGACAGAAGCGGCUGUCGUAGAUAAUGUAGCAGCGGCAGAGAAGAAAGUAGAGCCUGUAGAUGUGAAGGAGGAGGAUGAGCAGGAGGAGGUGGAGGAAGAGGAAGAAGAAGAAGUAGAGGAAGAGGAAGAGGAAGAAGAAGUAGAGGAAGUAGAGGAAGAGGAAGAAGAGGAAGACCCGGAGGAGGUGGUGGCUGCAUCAGGCGAUGAGGAAGAAGAGAACCCUGAGGAAGUAGACAAUGAUGAAGCACAGGAGGAUCCAGAGGAAGCGGAGGAGAAGGGCCAAGAGGUAAAGGUGGAAGUGGCUGAUGAGGAGAAGAAAAAAGAACAAGCAGAAAAGAGCAAAGUUGAGGACGUGAAGAAGGCAGCUGGAGGAGUCAAGGAGGAGGAGAAGAGUGCACUGGGGCAAGCAGAGGCUCAUAUAUUCCUGCAGAUGGUUGCGGCAUUUGCCUUGAAAGACAAGUUCAAACAAGAGUUCUUGAGGAGCCUGUUUGUCGCUAACCGACGGAGGAAGGAGCUUGCCAAGUUUGCGUGUAUCCUUGGGUUUGAGGAGAGCGUCGCAGAUGUUGUUCAGGAAUUGAUUACUUCAGGAAAUGUAAUCGAGGCUAUAUAUAUUGCUCAUGAAGCGGGUCUGUUCGAGCGAUUUCCACCUGCACCUCUUCUUAACUCUUAUAUAAAGGACUCCACGGAGAAGGCUCAGGCUGUGCUGAGUAGUGGAAGACGCUCCGGUUCUGCUGUUGACGAGUCAAAAAGCUUGGAGUUAACCGCCUGCAAGUCUGUCAUCAGGUGCGUCGAGGCCUGCCAGCUUGUAUCGGUAUUUAACAUCGACAGCAUAAAAAGGAAGGUGGCAAGGAUUGAAAAGGAGAAGGCUGACCGGAAGAAGCUAGGUAGCGCGAAUAGAUUCCAGAACAAGCGAGCACGGGGAGCAGCUGGGCCUCAGUCCUUCCCUGCUGCCAAGUCCGCAAGAGGUUCGGGCUCAAGCUACCGGCCAUCCUUCCAGAACCCAGUAUCCCGUUCUUUUGGUUACGCAGCUCGUUCCGCGGGGUACGCGAGCCCAGCUGCUGCUCAGGCGCACUAUGCGCCUGGGAGUGUGGCGGCGCGGCGUGGCGGUGUGCUGUAUGGCGGUCCUGGAGCAGCAUUUGGGUCUGUUGCCCAUAACUACGGCGCUGGCGCGGCGCAACAGCCGUACCAUCGUUAGGCAGGGUCCUUUGAUUUUGCUGUCUUGCUGAUAGGAUGAUGAUUUGUACCACCUGUGUAACUUUUAUCCUUGCUGUUUAACUUCAGUAUUGAACAUAUUAAGCUCUAGUACAUUUUUUCGCUUCAGUCAUUGCGCUCA